AUGAUGUACCUGGAAGAGAGGCGCCUGGUUCAUCGAGAUUUGGCGGCACGAAAUGUCUUGGUGAAGUCUCCAAAUCAUGUGAAGAUCACAGACUUUGGCCUGGCUAGGCUACUAGAAGGGGAUGAGAAGGAAUAUAGUGCUGAUGGUGGGAAGAUGCCAAUAAAAUGGAUGGCUCUUGAGUGCAUACAUUAUAGGAAAUUCACACACCAGACAGAUGUUUGGAGCUAUGGUGUCACCAUUUGGGAGCUUAUGACCUUUGGCGGAAAGCCUUAUGAUGGGAUCCCAACAAGAGAUAUUCCUGACUUGUUAGAGAAAGGAGAGCGGUUACCGCAGCCACCUAUCUGCACCAUUGAUGUUUACAUGGUAAUGGUGAAAUGUUGGAUGAUUGACGCUGAUAGUCGGCCCAAGUUCAAGGAGCUGGCUGCUGAAUUUUCUAGAAUGGCUCGGGAUCCUCAAAGAUAUUUAGUCAUUCAAGGUGAUGAUCGAAUGAAGCUACCAAGCCCCAAUGACAGCAAAUUUUUCCAGAAUCUGCUGGAUGAGGGAGACCUGGAAGACAUGAUGGAUGCUGAAGAAUAUCUCGUCCCUCAGGCAUUUAAUAUUCCUCCACCCGUCUAUACAUCAAGGGCAAGAAUUGACUCCAACAGGAAUCAGUUUAUCUACAGAGAUGGAAGUUUGUCUACGGAACAAGGAGUCCCUUUGCCAUACAGAACUGCCAUACCAGGCAUACCUCCAGAAGCUCCCAUCAGGCAAGGAGGUGCUGAGAUCUGUGACGACACUUGCUGCAAUGGUACUCUACGGAAACAAGUGGCAAGUCUUUCACAAGAGGACAGUAUCACUCAGAGGUAUAGCGCUGACCCGACAGUUUUUAUCCCAGAGCGAGGGCCAAGAACCGAGCUGGAUGAAGAAGGCUAUAUGACUCCAAUGCCAGAAAAGGGCAAAACAGAUCACCUGAAUCCAGUAGAGGAGAAUCCAUUUGUUUCUCGGUGGAAGAAUGGUGAUCUUCAAGCUCUGGACAACCCAGAUUAUCACAACAGCCAAACUGGGCAGCCCAAAGCCGAGGAUGAAUAUGUGAGUGAGCCCCUGUACCUCAACACCUUCGCAAGCACCUUUGAAAACGCAGAGUACCUGAAGAAAAAUGGGCUUCCGUUGCCAGAAAAGCCCAAAAGGGCAUUUGAUAACCCAGGUUAUUGGAAUCACAGCCUGCCUCCGCAAAGUACCCUCCAGCAUCCGGACUACCUUCAGGAAUACAGCACAAAAUAUUUUUACAAACAAAACGGAAGGAUCCGGCCCACUGUGGCCGAGAACCCCGAAUACCUCUCAGAGUUCUCUCUGAAGCCUGGCAUGAUGCUGCCCCCUCCACCCUACAGACACCGAAACACCGUAGUGUAAUCCCAGGGAGAAAUGGGGAAACCAUACCAGCACUCUCCUUCUCUCCUUCUUCCCCCUGCCCCUUUUCUCCUCCUACCCCCCUUUUCUUACUUUCUCUUUCUCAAAUCUUCCCUCCAUUUGAUGUCUGUAAAGAGAAGGGACGCAUUUCAGUCGAUGAUUCCAGGAAUUUAGGAAGAAACAAAAAGGGGGGGGGGGAAGUCUGGAUUUUCUUCCU